CCCGCGGCCAACCCAGCCCGGGCUUUGUAUCAGGCACGACGCCUGCUUUCAAUCUUGCAGCUUCCGCGAAGCGAGGUUGAUUUCUUGCUGGCUCUGAAGGCGCGCCAUGGCGAGGAGCGCGCGGGACUGCCUGCUGGAUUGCCUGGAGAACUUGGAGGAGGGCGAGCUGAAGAGGCUCAAGGUCAAGCUGAACGAGUUCCCCGUGCGCCCGGGCUACGCCAACAUCCCCCGAGGGCGGCUGCAGAAGGCGGAUGCGCUGGACCUCAGAAACCUGCUGGUCAGCUUCUACACCGAGGAGUACGCCGUCCAGCUGACCGCCGAGGUGCUGGAAGCCAUCAACUGCAAGGACCGCGCCGAGGAGCUCCUGGCCGCCACCGGGAACAGACCACAGCUUCGAAACUCUUCCAACGUGCACUUCAUCGAGCAGCACAGGGAGGCGCUAAUCCAACGAACCACCUCAGUGGAACCGGUGCUGGAUAAAUUGUAUGGCUCCGUCCUCAGUGAUGAGCAAUACCAAAAAAUCACUGCCAAGGAAACUAACCCAGACAAGAUGCGAGAGCUCUACAGGCUUGUGCCAAGCUGGGACCUAUGGUGCAAGGAUAUGCUGUAUGAGGCACUGAAGGCCAAAAACCCACAUCUCGUGAAUGACCUGGAAGGGCAAUGAGGCCCCAAGGGAAGGCAGAAGGCAAGACCUCUUUCAAGGCACCAGAAAUCCACCUCCCUAUUGCCAAGGGACUCCUACAGACAAAGCCAUACCAUGUAUUUUCCCAAGCACUCACUAUGCUCCAGUCAGGACACCGUGCAAAGGCAAGAAUAGCCUGCAACCAUAGCAGGGCUCUCAUAGUCAGAGCUGCUGUGCAACCUGGGAAGGCAAGAGGGGCACCUGGUUCUGUUGUUCAGGCCUUUGGGGUGGGGCAGGGGACAGUUUUCAACAUAUAUCCUAACACAACCCGGUGGUUCUAACUAGGCCUACCAGGCCUCCCCAUUUGGCUCGCCCUGCUCUUUUGGCCAAGCCACACCCACCUACCAUGCACCUGCUCUCAGGCUUGGGGCAGGUAAAGAUGCUGCUGGGCCAUGCAGGGGCUGCCUGUCACUUGACUGGAGGCAGCAGCUGUGCAGUGGUACCUUGGUUCUCAAACUUAAUCCGUUCCGGAAGUCCGUUCCAAAACCAAAGCGUUCCAAAACCAAGGUGUGCUUUUCCAUAGAAAGUAAUGCAAAAUGGAUUUAUCUGUUCCAGACUUUUAAAAACAAUCCCUAAAACAGCAAUUUGACAUGAAUUUUACUAUCUAAUGUGACCAUUGUUCCAUAAAAUGAAACCAAUAAACAGCAGUCACACAAUCAAUCAAUCAGUAGCUGAACUGGGUUCCACACAGUCACAAAAAGACCCGCAAAAACAAAAACGCAAAAUAAAUAGCAAAAGCAGACAGACCUCAGCGUAACACUCAAAACAGAAGCGUGGCACCGAAAUCAGAAGUCUAACACUCGAAACGGAAGCGUGGCACUCAAAACGGAGCACUUUCAGCUUCUGAAAAAAGUUCGCAAACCGGAACACUUAACUUCCAGGUUUGCAGUGUUUGGGUUCCAAGUUGUUUGACUACCAAGGCGUUUGAGAACCAAGGUAUCACUGUAUAACACUUUGCAAGCUGCGAUGAAUGUUGGGGCUUGCUCAGCACUGUGCUAGGGAACCCCAAUGAUCAGCUGAUAAUUGGAGAUUCUGGGCCCAUUGCUAUACCAAACGGGAUCACCUGACUUCAUUGUGACAAUGGGUGAUUGACAUGUAGGCAGACUGAAUCACGGAGUAGAUGGAUAGACCCAUUCAGUCUGCCCAAAUUCCUUUCAGAACCACUCACUCUUUUGUGCUGGUAAGAGUGGAAGCCCAAGGGGUCCUUGUCAGGCCUUUGGGGGUUUUAAAAAGUCCACCUUUGAAUCCCCAAAUUUAUGCACUUCACAGUUCAGGCAGGGAAGGAGGUGGCUGUUAUAGGCACAGCCCAGUGUGAGUAUCUUGAGUCAUUUGGGUGUGAGAUGAAACGAGUAGCAAUCUGAAUCCUUUAGGGCAGGAAUAGCUGGCAUGUUGCUCUCCAGAUGUUGUGCUCCACAGUUCCUGUCAGCCCAGCCAACAGGGGUAGAGGGGCCAGGUAUGCAGUGCUGA